AGGGAAAUUGUGCGACAUUCCGUCAGUAGUAAACGGAAUUUAGUGACGAUCGGACGUGCCGAGUUUCUGAAAUCGCCCGAGUACGUAUGACAGGAGUCGCACGUGCUUACGAACGCAGUGCGCACCCGGUUCGAAGAGACUCUCGUUCAGUGUGAGUCCAGUGAAAAAAAAACGCGUUUCGCACCGUUUUUUCGUCCACGUUGUUUCGAAAUGUCGUUUAACGUAUUUUCAAAAAGCUCCGAAUGUUAGAGUCGUCACAUACACAACGCCGGCAGAUGUGAACAGUUCGAGAGGCGUGUAUAUUCAUGGCGUGAGGUUAUGGGGGAAUCGGAUACCUGACAGAAACCCUGUUCCACUCGAAAGGACCCUUUAAACGGGGCUGGGGAGAAAGGGAGCACUGGCCCGAGCUGAACUUAAAUUGGUGAGUUGACGAAGAAAAUCGGGGGAAUCGUCGGAUCCUUUGAUCGUAAGCGGUGAAGCAGGAGUUUCUUCAGUCGUCGAACAAACACAACAACCAGCCAUUGGGCCGUGGUCGAACUCGCUGUUAAUUGCACGGAAUAAUAGAUAGAAAUAGAGACGAAGAAUUACACAGAUAAAGGAAUCUUGACAAACAGAAAUAGAAACGAAGAAUUACACAGAUAAAGAGUAAGACGAACAGAGAAGCUUGAAUAGGGAAAGAAGAAGCAACGAAAGAAGAAAAAUGGCCCACGAAAACGGUAUAAGCGGUGACGUCGAUUCCGAGACGGUGGAAUUGAACCCCCUGAGAAGAACGAGGUUUCACGUGAACCGUGUCGAUAGUCUCGAAGGUCGUGCCAGUCUUCUUGGCGAACAAGAGACGAAAAAGUCCCUCAGGCACAUGACCAGGGAGGCGUUGCCCAGGCUGGACAAUUACAGGAACAUCAUGAGCAUCCAGGCCGCUCACAGGCCAUCCUUGGACGAGCUUCACAAUCCCACUCUGCUUAACAAGGGCUCAGGCUCGCACACUUUGCCCAUAGCACACGUGAAGCCAUCGACGUCUGGGUUCAAAUUCGGAUGGAUUCAAGGAGUUUUGCUGCGAUGUCUUCUGAAUAUUUGGGGGGUGAUGCUCUUCCUAAGACUCUCCUGGGUCGUAGCUCAAGCGGGCACAGGGCAAGCUAUUUUAUUGAUUUUCACAACGACAGCCGUGACCACUAUAACAUCGCUAUCGAUGUCGGCAAUUAGUACAAAUGGGCUCAUUAAAGGAGGUGGCACGUAUUACAUGAUUUCUAGAUCAUUGGGUCCAGAAUUCGGUGGAUCCAUAGGUUUGAUAUUCUCGUUGGCGAACGCGGUAGCUUGCGCAAUGUACGUAGUUGGUUUCUGCGAAAGUAUGGUUGAUUGUCUCAAAGCUAACGGGAUUUGCAUCGUUGAUUGCGAUAACACAGAUAUCAGAAUUAUAGGUUGCAUCACGAUAGUUCUGCUUCUUUUGAUCGUGAUGAUCGGUUUGGAGUGGGAGGCAAAGGCCCAGAUCGGUUUGCUCGUCAUACUCCUUGUAGCUAUUGUCGAUUUCAUGAUAGGCACUUUUAUUGGCCCUAAAGACGACCACGAGAAAGCCAAAGGAUUUAUAGGGUACAAUGCUGAACUGUUCAAGGAGAACUUUUAUCCGGACUAUAGGUACUAUGAAGGUGUGGAACAUAGUUUCUUUUCAGUCUUGGCUAUAUUUUUCCCAGCGGCAACAGGUAUCCUGGCAGGUGCGAAUAUAUCCGGUGAUUUGAAGGACCCACAAACAGCUAUUCCCAAGGGAACGCUGCUGGCAAUUCUUUUGACAACGAUUUCUUAUUUUCUUAUGGCACUAAUGGUAGGAGGGUCGGUUAUGCGAGACGCUUCGGGCGAUGUUAACGAUCUAUGGAACGUUUUUAAUAGUUCAUACGCUGCUAUACCAAAUUUCAACGCAAGCAACGGGACUACAGAAAGCACCAUUGCUACUGUUAAUUCGAGCGAAAUAGUUUGGAGUAUAUAUGGCACGAAAUUUAAUUGUACUGGCAAUUGUCCUUACGGUAGCCACAAUAGUUUUCAGGUGAUCGAAUUGGUCUCCGUGUUUGGUCCCAUUAUUUAUGCAGGAUGCUUCGCGGCCACGCUGUCCAGCGCUUUAGCAUCAUUGGUUUCCGCGCCUAAAGUAUUCCAGGCGCUUUGUCUCGACAAACUAUACCCUGGAAUCGCAUGGUUCAGCGGCGAGAAAGACAAAGAACCAAUUCGUGGCUACUUUCUUACAUUUGUAAUCGCCGUCGGUUUCAUUUUAAUCGGAGAAUUGAAUGCCAUAGCUCCUUUAAUCUCAAACUUCUUCUUGGCUGCCUAUACCCUCAUAAACUUCAGCACAUUUCACGCUUCGCUGGCCAAACCAAUUGGUUGGCGACCAACGUUUAAGUAUUAUAACAUGUGGCUAAGUCUCGCUGGCUCUAUUCUCUGUGUUUCUGUGAUGUUCCUGAUCUCAUGGUGGACAGCUUUAAUCACUCUAUGCGUAGUUUUAGCGCUUUACCUAGUAGUAUCGUACAGAAAACCAGAUGUAAAUUGGGGUUCAACAACGCAAGCUCAAACAUACAACAACGCUUUGACCGCUGUCCAACAAUUAGACAGAGUCGAAGAACACGUUAAAAAUUACAGGCCUCAGCUUCUAGUACUCACUGGUAGCCCGAGUGCGAGAUCGUCGCUAGUUGACUUUGCGCAUCACAUUACCAAGAAUAAUAGCCUAUUCAUUUGUGGUCAUAUUAUCGAGUCACCGAUAUCGUAUAAAACGCGCAACUCCAUGGUCAUCAAUUGUACUUCUUGGUUUAGAGCUAACAAAAUCAAAGCGUUUUAUUCUUUGGUGGAUGGCGCGAACUUUCAAGAUGGUGCCACGUCACUUUUGCAAGCCGCAGGCUUGGGGAAAAUGAAGCCUAAUAUUUUAUUAAUGGGCUACAAGCAAGACUGGAUAACAUGCUCGCGGAAUAAUUUGAAUAUGUACUUUAACGUGAUGCAUAAAGCCUUGGAUAUGCACAUAGCAGUAGCGCUCCUUCGACUGAGCGAAGGCCUUGACUAUAGUGCAGCUAUAGGAGACAAUGAAGACCAGAAAAAAAAUGUGCCAGUUACAUUACCAGGAAAUCAAAGUUUCUCUCAACUUAGCCAAGCAAGUAGCACAUCAGACAUUUCAAUACCCGGUAGUCCAGCACCGAGACGUUCCAGAAUGAUCAACGAGUACCCUAAUCCAACAGCGGAAGAUCAACGCGAUAAUCGACCGAAUAUCAUACCCAUAGCGAAAGAUAUUCUCAACGCCGUGACAAAAUUUCAACGUAAACAGAAAAAGGGUACGAUAGAUGUAUGGUGGCUAUACGACGACGGAGGUUUAACGCUUCUACUACCAUACAUUAUCAGCACAAGGCGAAAUUGGUCGAACAGUAAAUUGAGGGUCUUCGCGCUUGCAAAUAAAUACUCCGAACUGGAAUACGAACAAAGAAACAUGGCAAGUCUUUUAUCAAAGUUCCGGAUAGAUUACUCUGACUUGAAAGUUAUACCAGAUAUUUCGAAACAAGCGCAAGAUAGCACAAAGAGUUUCUUCGAUUCGUUGAUAGCGAACUUUCAACAAACGGAUGACCCUAAAGCGACAGAUGAUGACGUCAUUAAAGAUUCGGAACUAAUUGCUAUGAAAGAGAAGACGAAUAGGCACUUGCGUUUACGAGAAUUGUUACUUCAACAUUCGAUGGAAGCUAAUUUAGUCGUCAUGACACUGCCGAUGCCUCGAAAAGGUGCUGUAUCGGCAGCUCUGUACAUGGCCUGGCUAGAGGCUCUAACUCGCGAUAUGCCACCAUUUUUACUUGUACGAGGGAAUCACACAUCCGUUUUAACUUUUUACUCUUAAUGACACAAAAGAUGAGGAAAACUUGUAUAUAACGACGUCGACGAUUGUCGAGAUUAGUUGAAGAAGUGUUCUAUUAAUAACGACUUAAACACUAUAGGUGAUAUACAACAAUAAAAACGUGCCUUUAUACGCGAAAAGGCACACGUUUGAAUGAGGUAUUGGUCGAGAGUGCGUGAGUUUACCAAGGACCAAUAUUUCCGAGUAUAUUUUAAUAGAAUGAACGUAGCAAGACUGUGUUAUUUUUUUUAAACGCAUGUUUGCUACAAUAAUUGUUUCUAAAUUUUCGAAAUGACGUUUUCCAUCCACCAAUUGUAAAAAAAAAAAGUAAUUAUAUCUUUACAAAUACUUAAAAUAAAUGACCAUGUUUAGAUAUGUAACUCGUAAGAUCACCGAUAACAUGUUCCGCACAUUUGCUUACAAUUAUUCAAAAUUUAAGUAACGUGUAUCAUUAUUUUACGAUAUUUAAAUUUAUGUAAUUGUACAACCGACAAUCACUUCGCGUAAAAUAUUUUUAACGACGGUACUUUGAAUAAAUUUAAGCGAGUGUGAAUUUUCUUGCCAUUAAAAUUUGAAGAAAAAUGAAAAAAUACUAGUCUUAGGUUUAAUAUUAAAAUUAAAACCCGUAUGUAUUCGUAUUAGAUCGUAAAAAUUAUGUACAAAAGUUUAAAUUUUGAUUACAUCGUAGUUACUACGAUAAGUCAUUCGUUUAUAUU